GCAAAGUUAGUGGCCGCUAGCGUGGGUGCGAUAGUAACAUCCUUAUCGAUGACACCCUUUGAUGUGAUCAAAGUAAGGCUCCAGACACAGUCACAGUAUCAAAGGAACAAGCCAUACCAUCCACCUGCGGCUUUACCACAUCAUUUGCACCCAAUAUCCAAUGAAAUUACCUCUAAUAACAGGCGUUUAAAGGGCAGUUUAGACGCCGUAAUUAAAAUAAGCAGACAUGAAGGUUUCACUGCCUUAUGGAAAGGUCUAACACCUACAUUACUCAUGGCAGUACCUUCAAAUGCAGUUUAUAUGCUUGGUUAUGAGAGUCUACAUCACACUUUCCUUGAUAGCGGUAUGAACACUACAUUUAGUCCACUUUUGGCAGGUGCAACAGCUAGAACAUUCUCAGCCACUGUCAUUUCACCAUUAGAAUUACUCAGGACCCGCUUACAAGCAAGUUCUACACAAUCACCAUCUCAAAUUAUACAAUCAUUGCGUACAUCCGUUCAGGUUUCAGGUGUAAAAGUCCUCUGGAGAGGUCUCGAUUGGACAUUAGCAAGAGACGUCCCAUUUAGUUCUAUAUAUUGGGCUGGCUUUGAAUUGAUUAAACGUACUAUGAUAGAAUAUGAAGGUAAGGAAGCACCUAUACGUACACCUUUCGUCGCUGGUGCAACAUCUGGUAUUUGCGCUGCAUUAAUCACUUCUCCUUUCGACGUACUCAAGACACGUAGACAAGCAUUAGUUGAAGCAACCCAUGAGGUUACUCUGCCACGACAUCAAUGGAAAAAACAACCAUCAAUGGUUACUUUAUUCAUGAACAUCUUACGUGCUGAAGGACCGCAAGCAUUAUUCGCAGGUUUGAGUCCACGUAUUGCCAAAAUUGCACCUGCAUGCGGUAUACAAAUAGCAACUUACUCACAAGUAUCAAAAUAUUGGUCCUCAAGAUAUCCCCAAAGUAGUUAAUUUAAGAAAAAUUUUCGGACGUGCUAUAUAUAGACAAAAAGAUUAUAUCUAAUUUAUAAAUGUAUUUUAACAUCUGUUGAGAGACUUUCUUUUACAUACAAUAAUCCAAUUUUUGAAACAGUUUAAAGAGAAAUGUUGCGUUGAGCAUUGAAAAAUUUCGUUAUGUCAUUUAUAAUAGCUUAGUGAUGGAAAAGACGUAAUGGUAAAGCUGAGUAAACGAUACCAUAUUCGUUAGCAGCCUUGAUAACUUCCUCAUCCAUGACACUACCAAUAGAAGCAGCAACGUAUUUAACACCUGAUCUGUGAGCUCUGUGAACGUUGUCAGGGAAUGGGAAGAAAGCAUCAGAGCAGCAAGCAACACCGAGUUCCUUGAAUGUUGCAGAGUGACUCUUGACUUCCUCUUCAGUGAGUGGUGAUGGAACUUCCUCGAACAUGCUCUCCCAUUGUGCACGCUCAGAUCCAGUAGCUCUGAAUGCUUCACCGGUGACGAAAAGAUCAAUUGCGUUGGCCUUCUCAGCGCGCUUGACUGACUUCUUCCAUGGCAAUGACAAUACUCUUGGGUGAUGUCUCAACCACCAGUUAUCAGCCUUGUCACCUGCUAAUCUUGUACAGUGGAUACGUGAUUGUUGACCGGCACCCAAACCGACGACUGCACCAUUGACUGCAUAUCCUACUGAGUUUGAUUGUGUGUACUUAACAGCGAUAGUGGCGACGGUCAAGUCAAUCAAUGCUUGCUUAGAGAGCUCCUUUUCGUUUGAUACUAAGUUUGAGAAAGUCUCGUUGGUGAUCUUGGUCAUCAACCAUGAAGACCUUCUUCUCGACGUCGUUAAGUGGUACACCGACGGCUGCACCUGCUGGUGAAACGUGCUUGAAAGAAGCAGCUGCUGGCAAGCCAAGUGCUUCUGCGAGUUCCUUAACUAAUCCCCAUGAGUUGAGACCAUCAAGCAAGUUGAUGUAACCUGGUGAUCCACUAACAACCUUGAUUGGCAUUUCACCUUCGGUGACAUAAGCUUGAGCAGGUUUUUGGUGUGGGUUAGCACCGUAUCUCAAUGGGAAACGUUGAACUAAAUCAGUGUUGCUGUCCAAUGAGGCGUAUUGUUGACGGAAGUAGUUGCUAAUGGCGCUGUCGUAGUCGGCUGUGUGUGAGAAUUCAAGGCCCACUUGUUACGUAAGGAUUGUUCGACACCAUUUUUGUAUGAUUCGAUGAAUGAUUUGUAGUCUGAUGGAUCAGAGAGGAUUGAAACUCUCUCGUGGUUCUUGGCUGCGGCACGCAAGAGAGUAACACCACCAAUAUCAAUUUCCUCGACAGCAUUUGCGAGAGUGACGUCUGGUUUAGCGACAGUCUCCUUGAAUGGGUAGAGGUUACAUACGACGAGGUCAAUCUUCUCGUAGCUCUGCUUAUCCAAAUCUUGGUUAUCUGAUGGAAUGUCUCUGGCCAAGAUACCACCGUGUACAGCUGGGUGUAAGGUCUUUACUCUACCUCCAAGCAUUUCUGGGGCUUUUGUAAUGUCUUGGACAUCACCGAUUUGGAUGCCGGCAUCACGAAUUUUUUUGGAAGUACCACCAGAACCUAAAAGCUUGAAUCCUAAAGACUCCAAAUCCUUAGCAAAUUCAACCAAGUUUGUUUUGUCGUAUACACUCAAAAUUGCGCCUGUCUACAUUUCUGUACUUGAAAUUAUCAGCGUAUAGGUUAAGAGAGAAAACGUCGGACUUUAGCUCGAAUACACCGCCGUUUUUUGGUAAAGAUUUCUGCGAGGAUGAUGGCGUAAUGAUGAGGAAUGAUUGCUCUGUUUCUAAUAUACAUAUACCUUCCAUGUUUAUAAGCGUUGGAUUGUUUGAUUUUAUCACUUUUAUCGCACUACCGCAUAGGUCUGCUUUCAACAUUUUUGACUGUAUAGACAUGCUAUCACCAUCUAUCAGAUCAUUUAUGUAUUCAUUCCACAUCCUAUUUAGCUUCUUAGCGACAUCAUAACUCAUUUUAGUCCUUUUUAUAGAGUGCCUUAUCGUUUGCCGUCUAAGUUUGGAUUUCGUUGGCUUCCUUUUUGAUGAUUUCAGUGGGUUUUCAAGCAUGAUAGUGGUAUUCUCUAAUUUACUGCUGUAUAUUUUACUAGCGUCCUCCUUGUUCAUGUUUAGCCUCUCUUCGAGCAGCUUCUCUGCAGCAGACAUCGUGAUUGUGUGAUAUAAAGAACGAUAAGGGCUGUGAUUUAAUAUUUCUAAUAGAUAUCAGUAUUCUAUGUACUUAAAUUUUAGUUUCUUCCAUUGAACAUUCUACCCUUCUCGUAUCAGAAACUAUCAAAACAGUGACAUCUAUCACGUAUGAGGACGGGCAUAAAAAUUUAUAGAUAGAUACUACUAUUGUAAACCUCCUAUAGCAAGUAUCAUUUUAAACUACGGCGCGAUCCUCGUACCGUUAUGCCUACGUAACUGGUAACUAUGUUCCUCAUUUUAAUCAGACGUUCUCGUUUCUUUCCGGGCAGACCAAUACUGACUAUGGAAAAAAAGUUCAGCUGUGACUAUACAGGCUGCAACGCAACUUUUACACGUGUAGAGAACAUGCUGAGACAUAAGCGUAACAUCCACCGAGAGAAAGCUAAUCCACACGUAUGCAAGUGCGGGAAAGAGUACAGUCGCUCGUGAGUCUGGUUUUCUUUUCGAGGUUUAUAUCUGACGUGGUAAUCAGUGAUAUACUCCUGCGACACCAAAGAACAUGCUCCACGAAUCUUGAAUUACACUCUUCAAGAGUACCAGAGCCUGCUACUAUACCGACAACCGCACCCCAGCAAGCGGGAUAUUAUUAUCAGUACCAAGCUCCUACUCAGCAAGCUUUCCUUUAUCAGCAGCAGCAACAACAGCAACAACAACAUCAUCAUCAACAACCUCAGCAACAUCAUCAGCAAUAUUAUUCUUACCAAUACCCGCAAGCAUACAUACAGACACAGUCGCCUAUGAAUAUGUCGAAUACUUACUCAAAUUCAAACGCACCACCAGGUCCAUACCAAUAUUACUAUUAACCAUAUAUAACUUAACGAACAAUUUAAAUAUAUAUAUAUCAUGCAUUAUCUCCUUAUAUGC